GGGGGCGGGGCUUCCGCCGCCGGCCGCGAGGAGGAGCGAACAGAGCUAAGAUGGCGGCGGCGGCGGUGUUGGAGUUCCAGCGCGCGCAGUCCCUGCUGUCCACCGACCGCGAGGCGUCCAUCGGCAUCCUGCACUCCAUCGUGAAACGCGACGUCCAGGAGAACGAUGAGGAAGCGGUGCAGGUCAAGGAGCAGAGCAUCCUGGAGCUGGGGUCGCUGCUGGCCAAGACGGGGCAGGCAGAAGAGCUGGGGGGGCUCCUGAAAUACGUGCGGCCGUUCCUGAACUCCAUCAGCAAGGCCAAGGCCGCCCGCCUGGUGCGCUCCCUGCUCGACCUGUUCCUCGACAUGGAGGCGGCCACGGGCCAGGAGGUCGAUCUGUGCCUGGAGUGCAUCGAGUGGGCCAAGUCUGAGAAGAGGACCUUCCUCCGCCAGGCUCUGGAGGCCCGGCUGGUCUCGCUGUACUUCGACACCAAGCGGUACCAGGAGGCGCUGCAGCUCGGCUCCCAGCUGCUCCGGGAGCUGAAGAAGAUGGACGACAAAGCGCUGCUGGUGGAGGUGCAGCUGCUGGAGAGCAAGACGUACCACGCGCUCAGCAACCUGCCCAAGGCGCGCGCCGCGCUCACCUCCGCGCGCACCACGGCCAACGCCAUCUAUUGCCCCCCCAAGCUGCAGGCCGCCCUGGACAUGCAGUCAGGGAUCAUCCACGCGGCGGAGGAGAAGGACUGGAAAACGGCCUACUCCUAUUUCUACGAGGCGUUUGAGGGCUACGAUUCCAUCGACAACCCCAAAGCCAUCACGGCCCUCAAGUACAUGCUGCUCUGCAAGAUCAUGCUCAACGCCCCUGAGGACGUGCAGGCGCUGGUGAGCGGCAAGCUGGCGCUGCGCUACGCGGGGAGGCAGACGGAGGCGCUGAAGUGCGUGGCGCAGGCCAGCAAGAACCGCUCGCUGGCGGACUUUGAGAAGGCGCUGACGGAUUACAAAGUGGAGCUCCGGGACGACCCCAUCAUUAACACUCACUUGGCAAAGCUCUACGACAACUUAUUGGAGCAGAACCUGAUCAGAGUCAUCGAGCCCUUCUCCCGAGUGCAGAUGGAGCACAUCUCCGGCCUCAUCAAGCUCUCCAAGGCGGACGUGGAAAGGAAACUCUCACAGAUGAUCCUGGACAAGAAGUUCCACGGGAUCCUCGACCAGGGCGAGGGCGUCCUCAUCAUCUUCGACGAACCCCCCGUGGACAAAACGUACGAAGCCGCCCUGGAGACGAUUCAGAACAUGAGCAAAGUGGUGGAUUCGCUCUACAACAAAGCCAAGAAGCUGACAUAGAGCCGGCCCUGCGCUGCCGCGUGUGUGUGUGACGGGAGAGUGAAUCCUUUAGGAGACGUUUUGUUCCACUUUUCGCUCGGAAAGUUUUUAAUCCUCCCCUCCCGGUGCUGUUCCUGCGGUGCGGCCCCAGCCGCGCCCCUCCC